AUGCAAGGAGGCCGUGUAUGGUGCGCAAAGGUAUUGCAAGAAAUUAACAAGGCGAAGGCGCGAGCGAACAUCAUGCACACAGUUUGUCAUGACCGACACAACCUACGAUUUCCUGUGACGGAGUUUAACAGACCGCACGAAGGUAUUAUUGGCAGGCAAUAUCAUGUACACUUGAUAAAUAGGACUUGCGACUGUGGGAGGUUGGACGCACUUCGUUAUCCAUAUGGUUAUGUAAUUGCAGCUUGUCAGAAUCUCCGUCUAAAUCCCAUGAGCUACGUCGAUGAAGUGUACAAACUAGAAACCAUGUACAACGUGUGGAGACACGUAUUCCCACCUAUCCCAGAUGAACGUAAUUGGCCGUUUGUCUCGCUUACUCUGUUUAAGCUGCUACCGGAUAGAGAAUUGCGUUGCAAACCAAAAGGUCGACCUUGCUCGACUAGAAUACGUACCAAUAUGGAUAUCCGAGAAACAAUAAAUAAUCAGAAGUUGUGUAGAUGGUGUAGGAACCCAGGCCAUACAAGUAGAUCAUGUCCAAAUCGAAAUAGUUGA